GGAAACACAAAAAGGCGGACUUUUUGAAAUUCGAAGUUGUGGUUAAACAAAAAGCAACAUGGGUGUGCAUCAUUUAUGGAGCAUUUUAGAACCGUCAAAAACAGAAGAAAGUAUUCAAAAACUUCGUGAUAAGACGUUAUGCAUUGAUCUAAGUCUGUGGAUAUGCGAAGCUCAGGGAACAAAAGGUUUGAAAGAUCAGCUGAAGCCAUAUCUACGCAAUGUUUUCUUUCGAACGAUGUACUUGGCAAGUCUCGGUGUUCGUCCAGUGUUUGUUGUUGACGGUGUACCCCCUGAGAUAAAACGAGAGACUAUUGGGAAAAGGUUACAAGCACGAGGUGGAUAUGUUGCUCAGAGUGGUCAAAAAUUAAGAAAGUUGAACAGAUCAAAGUUUACAAUGCGAUGCAAUGAGUGCUGUGAGAUGAUGAAAUUCCUUGGAAUACCUUUUAUCAAAAGUGAUGGAGAAGCUGAGGCAAUGUGUGCAUGGUUGAAUGAAAAAGAUUAUGCUGAUGGUGUUUUAACUGAUGAUGGAGAUGUGUUUCUUUAUGGAGCAAAAGCUGUUUAUAAGGAUUUUAAUAUUUCUACUAGCAAGAAUCCCACGGAUAAGUUGCAGGUUUUUAGGUUGGAAAAAAUUGAAAGUGAUUUGGGGUUAACACGAAGAAAUAUGAUUGCUCUCGCUUUGUUGCUUGGUUGCGACUACAUUCCUGCAGGUGUCCCGGGGGUUGGAAAAGAGACGGCAGUCAAGUUAUUCACCUCUCUUCUUGAUGUUGACUUGUUAGACAGGUUUAAUGCGUGGAAGUCAUCGCCUGACAUUCAUCCUGCGGAGUUAACAAGUUUAGAAGUGUCUAUAAAAAGGAAAGCUGUCAAACUUCCAGAUUUUCCCAAUAAGGCUGUUAUAAAAGAAUUCCUUUCCCCAAAACUUGGAAAUACAAAUGUCAACUUUGAGUGGAAAUGUCCAGAUUUGGAAGGGGUUAAGGAGUUCUUUUUCCGAAAACUGGAGUGGCCGAAGGAAUAUACUGAAGAAAAGAUACUGAUUCUCGUGACUGACUGGCAACUAGCACAUAUGAACCCUACUCGAGAUCUUCUAUUUUCCCCAACAAGAAUCGUUAAGCCAAGAGUUAGACAAGGCAAGGAGUACUAUGAAAUUGAGUGGAACACGAAAGAUGAAACUGGCAAAGUCUGGCCAAAGGCCUUCGUUACUGUUAAAACAAAAGAGAUUAUGUGCAACAAAUUCCCAGUGCUUGUUGAAAGAUUUGAGACCGAACUAACCGCCAAAAAGAGCAAAGGAAAAACGAAAAAGAGCCAGAAAAAUAAAACUACAGCUGAUGAACCAGAACAUCUUGAUAAUUUGAUGAACAAAAUCCAUAACAUAAACCUUGAAGACACAGCUCCGAGGGUAGUACUUUGUGACGAUGAAUGCGGUGAUCUAUCUGGAAAGACUUACGACAACAGCUCCACGGCAGAGGAUAGGCAGAUUAAACCUGAAAUAGUUUGUACUUAUUACGAGGUUGAUGAGGAUACGUCGCUAAUUGUUCCAAUGACCAAUUAUACUCAACCUUCACAAUAUAAGGAGUAUGGCACGGAUAGAGAACUUCAAAUUUUGGAUUGCAAAGUGAAAGGAGUUAAAGAAGCCAAGAUUCCCGCUGAUUUUGUUUGUAUAAUUUCUGAUGAACAGGCUGAUGCUGUUGCUGGUGAAAUGGAUCAAAUUGAUGCAGAGGGAGUCAGUUGCAAAAAUAUUUCAUAUAACAUAGUCGGUAGUCCUAUACGCAACGGUUUUCGUGAAGACGGUUUUCACUCUCCGAGUGAAAAUGAAAUGACAUCGCUCAAUCUGGUAGAUAUCACGAUAGACCAAACGAUAGGAGCUGACCUUGUCAUUGGAGAUAUUGACGAUUUACUAACAGAUUCGUUUGUCGCAAGUCUGCAGGAUUUAACCCCUAUACAACAUGGUGAGUCUCACAUUUGCGCCACAAAAUCAAGUUCUAAACCAUUAAGCAGCCGUAGCCGAAGGGUUGGUGAAAAUGAUAUUUCUUUCGAUUCAAACACGGUGUUAAAUAAAGGUUUAUCAUCGAAUUUUGAAGACGAAGUCUACUGUGAUAGUCUGCAGCAACCGAGUAAUAAACCAACGAAUGACGUGAGAAGGCAAGAAUUGUCGAUUGAAUACGAGGAUGUGAUUAAAAAAAGAGCUAUUGGCGAAGUUAAACCGAACUUGCAGACGUGUUUGACUUCCUUCUCUCACACACCAGACUCUCGAGAGACAACUUCCUUGGCUUCGCGACUUUUGAAGCGAUUUCAAACAGAGAAUCGUACCAAUGUUGCAGACAAACUUCGUUCUAUUUCUGGCGAAGGUGAUCUCGUUUAAACGCAGCGAAUAAGCCCGUCAAAUAAAAAUUGAGAACGCUGAAAAUGGCGUAUUUAUACAAACGAAUUGUACUAAAUUGUUUCAAAUUAUUUUUUAUAAAAUAUUGGUUUUGAAUAGUCGAUUAUAUUAACGUUAAAUUAUAACUUAAAUUAUAUCAGGAAUGCCGAUGUUGUGAUGAUGCAUUUGAUGAGUAUUGAUAGUCCCUGUAGGGCUUUAUCGUUUGCCCCAUUUUAGGCCGAUCCUAUAAAGUCACAACAAUACAUCAAAAAACAUUUUGUCUACAUCCCCCGCUUUUAUAAGCUUUAUAAUUAAGGCCUGGUUCACACUAGCUUUUAAGAAUCGGGGAUCCAUUGUAUUACUUUAUGAUAGACAAAGCAUUUUGCGCACCAAGGACAAGUGUGAACCAGGCUUAAUCAGUAUGUAGCUACUAAAGAAAAAUAUUUCGAAUGCGAUCGAAGUCAAUUUUAAUGAAGGAAAACCACGCACUUAAUCAAAAGUUGACUUUUAUAACUU